AUGAAAAGAGUUAGAGAUAGAUUUGAGGUGGAAGAAUUUCUUCCCUUGGCAAAGCACAAAGUCAAACAGAAAAGCAUUAAACUAAUUGACCUACCAGAAGACGUAUUUGAUGUCAUUUGCUUUUAUGUCCCGUUUGAGGAUCUUCUAAACUUAUCUAUUACCAACCACAGAUACAGACACUAUUUGAAGCCAAGGAUUUUCAAAAAUGUAAAGACCUUCUGGUGGGUAAUCAUACGUGACGGUGGGUUCAGAUACGGUUUUUUACAUGAGCAUAAACAUUAUAUUCAACAACUUCAUAUACUUGAUGCGUAUACAUAUGGCGAAUGGAAUAGGGAUAUUUUCACAGCUCAGAUUGGAUUACUUCCCAAUCUACGUCAUUUGAAAAUUAAUACAUUGAACUCAUCUUGUUGGAUGAAACAUAGAUCUAAUGAUUAUAUUGAAGAAUUAUCAGUUUACAGUAACGCUGAUGCGAUAGACUCACAAUUGAAACUAAACUAUUUUGAAUGGAGAAAUACGCGUCAUAUACUCCCCGUUAUGAUGGACUGUUUUGCCCUUCCACAUGUUGAACACUUUACAAAGCUCAAAGCGCUAAAAUUACGAGCCCGUGAAUUUGUUUGGCUUCCUAACUGGCCAGAAACGCCUUCGUUGAGGUUGGAAACCUUAGAAUUGUGUGAUUGUCGUUGGAUCUGGCCAUUUCGAGUUUCGCAAUUUAAUUAUUACAAGACUUUGAAAAACUUAUAUUUGAGGUAUAACGUCAGCUCUUCGUUUAUACGUUCAGCAAAUUUCAGAGAGCUUUUAGAAUUCAAGGGCGAAAAUUUGAAGAGCGUUACUUCAUUUCGGGUACAUUAUUACGUUGCUUUGAAAAGAAACGUUGAGUAUGUGCUUGAAGACAGAUUUCAAAUGGCAAAAUGGCCAGAGUUGCAAGAGUCGGUUAUAAAACAUUUCUUAAAUCCUGAAAACUUGCCUAAUUUAAGAACAUUAGACUUGAGUGGAUGGAACCUAAUACUAGAUAGAGGAUCCUAUGAUUGGAUAAUAAACCAAUUGAAAAACAGUGAUCAUUUGCAAACAUUCAAAUUGAAUAUUUCCAAUAAAGCCUCGCCGCUUGAAGACACGUGUGCACAUCAAGUGGAUGUUUAUAAGGCUCAAGAGAAAUUUAGAAAUGCCAUUCCGGGAAAAUCGAUUUUUAUUGAUGGCUUAAGGAGCAAGACCACAACCGGCUAUCUUACUAACCGUUUGAACGAGUGGCAGCGAUUCUCUUUGUUACAACGCGAUUAUUUAUAG